GCCUCUGCGGCAGCAUGAACUUCGACGAAUCCAGUGAAAACGAGGAUGAUAUGGAGGAAGAACGGACACGUUCACUGUCUCCUCAUGCAGAAUCCACCAGGCCUGAGUCUGCUGCCAGCGGCAAGGACGUUUCAGAGGUUGUGACCCCAGGGUCCCCCACACCAGACAGCUCGCUAAUCGACGUGGCGAAUCUCGAGGAGUUCGUCCUCCGUCCAGCUCCACGUGGCAUCACGGUGAAAUGUCGAAUCACCCGGGACAAGAAGGGCAUGGACCGCGGCCUCUACCCCACCUACUUCAUGCACAUGGAGAGAGAGGACGGCAAGAAGGUGUUUCUGUUGGCAGGCAGGAAGAGGAAGAAGAGUAAGACGUCCAACUACCUUAUUUCAGUGGACGCCACGGACCUGUCUCGUGAGGGAGAGAGCUUCAUCGGUAAACUGAGGUCCAACCUCAUGGGCACCAAAUUCACCGUGUACGACAAUGGCACCAAUCCCUGCAAAAACCCCGGGGCUCUGCUGGAAGAGAGUAACACGAGACAGGAACUGGCCGCCAUCUGCUACGAAACCAACGUGCUGGGAUUCAAAGGACCACGUAAGAUGACUGUCAUCAUCCCGGGCAUGAACAUGAACUUUGAGAGAGUUCCUGUGAGACCUCAAAGUGAGCAGGAGAGCCUCCUCAGCAGGUGCCACAAUCACACCCUGGACAACCUGAUAGAGCUGCACAACAAGGCUCCGGUGUGGAACGACGACACACAGUCGUACGUGCUCAACUUCCACGGCCGCGUCACUCAAGCUUCAGUGAAAAACUUUCAAAUAGUUCACGACAACGACCCCGACUACAUCGUCAUGCAGUUUGGCCGAGUGGCUGAAGACAUCUUCACUCUGGACUACAACUAUCCCAUGUGCGCCCUUCAAGCCUUCGCCAUCGGCCUGUCGAGCUUUGACAGCAAGUUGGCCUGCGAAUGAGCCGCCGGCUUUUACUCGCACGCACAACCUCUGCUGUCCGUCCUCAGAUCUCCUCUCGGGAGAGGUCGACGGCAGCACCGCUGUCACGUGGUCGUCAUCGGGACUCACACGGAUGAAAAAGAAAAAACAGUGAUGAGACUGAAAAGAAGACGUUUGUCACAGGUGUUGGUGAAUCAAACAACUCUCCUGGUUCCUGUUUGAGUUUUUUGUUCCAUUUUUAGUUUGUUUCAUGAUCAGUUUUUACCCGUUGUGUACUGUAAAUGUGUACAAAUACACGCGUGUACAAAGCGAAAGGGAAAUACACACUGUGCUGGAGACAGGAGCUCUGACCCUGUUUGAGGACAUGCGUAUUCAUCGUCUUUUGUGUCACCUUGACAUUUCGUUUCAGUCACUGUAGAUGUCAACACUCGUCUGGCGCCACCUGCUGGUCAAACUUUAUAUCUGUCAGUAAUAAGUUGCUUUUCAUCAUUUUCCUCUUUGGUGUGAAAUCUAGUUUGGUUUUAAUCCUGUUCACACAGGUCUGUAUGAUUUCAGUAGCCUUCAAUUAUAGCUCAGUUUAACCUCCUCUCUUUGUGUCGUCAUCCCUCUGAUUUGUUCUCGUGUGGAAGGUGCAUUAUUCAGGACAGACCUGUUUUUUGAAAGUAUCAUUUUUUUAUCCUGUGACUUUGUUACUUACUUUUUCCUUUUGUCUUUAAGAUAAUUUGUAUGAUGGUAAAAAAACAACAACAAAAAAACAAACGCAGAAUUGCACAUUUUAAGAAAAGAUAUACAUAUUGUAUAUAAAAGACAAUGUAAUAUGACGGAUUUAAGUUAAUCGCUGAUAGAUCAUAUAUUCAUGGCUACACAGAAAGAAUUUACCCAGGAUCACUUUAAAACUUCUUCCACAGUCGACUGAAGAUUAAAGUGAUGUUUUAUUGAGUUGAGAUGAAGUCGGGGGCCGUUUAUUUAAAGUCCAGAUCUCGUCUGUUUCAACGUUCAUCUCUCUCUUUUGAAUUAUGAGGGAAAAUAAAAGGGACGGUUUAGUUUAUGAGGCUUUACUUUGUCAUGUAUCAUCACUAAUACUGAACUGUAUAUUACGCACAGUUACUUUUUAUUUGGUUUCAUCUGGAUCCUUAAACGAAAAAGUCUCGAGCGGGGUCUUCUGCUGAAGAUACUCUUCAGGGAGCGCAACUCGCAAACUCACAGAUAUCUGGUUUUAAAGGAAUUAAUGUUGCAGAUAUUUUCAAAAUAUCUGUGCCAGCGGUUUAUAGAAAAUCAUGUUUUAUACCUAAAAAUGUUGGUUUGAAGACAGAAUCAAGAUUUAUAGAAGCUAUUUUCAAACACUUUUACAAUAAGAGACUCCAUUUGAAACGAACACUAUCAGGUAUAUGUUUGUAUUUUAACAGAUGACAAUAUGACGCUAAAACUUCUCGAUCAAGUAAACACAGUGAGACGUGAAUGUAUCCGGUGAACUGUUUAUUUUCCUAAAUGGAACAGUUGUCAAUUUGAUUUCAGAACAUCUUUAAGGAGAAAAAACAAAAGUGCUUAUUUAAAUCAACGUAAAAAAAAAAGUUUAAAUAACCAAAAUAAAAGACAUUUUGAAAAAA